AUGCCCUCCCCACAAAUGCUCCUCGAUUCUCGUCCAGUCAAACCCAAGAAUGGUUCUAGGCUUGUUCUCGCUACAGAGGACACGAAGGAGGCCAACCAGCGAUAUGUUGUCAACGAGAUCAAAAAGCUCAUUGGAGGGUGCGAAGACUUUAUCGGGCUGGUGGCUGGGGAGAAAGGCGCUCCCGAAAUUCUAGUCUCGCCGAACUUGAAGCAACAUAGAUAUACUAUUCUCGGAGACGCUCAUGGGAACUUCGCUCAGUAUUUGGGGGACCGCGCUUUGAUGAUUGGGAAUUGUAAUGCAUCGACCAGACGGGCCCCGAAGCUUCAAAAGCAGGUACCUGAAUCAGAUACCCAGGUAGUGCCUAGCGGCUCCAUCUCCUACACUUUCCAGCGCCCUCCGAAGCGGCAUCGAUCUAAAACGAUCAACCCUCGGAAUUCGGCCAGACCGAGGACACAUGCAAACGGCCAAGGAGUGAGGCUGGUUUGCGAGACUCCCGCGUCACAAAUCAGAGUAGAUGACCGAGAGAAGCUCGAACAGUGGUUCGAGCAGGCCUUCUUGACCUUGCAGCAGGUGGCUUGCCGUCUGGUGGCCAAGAUCUGGAUUAAGAAGAUUCAUCCCAAAAAGCAAUCAACUCACCCCUACAACGGCGGAAUGCCCCGGGGUGAACCGGCCGAUUCAAAUCGGACCAAGCCACCGUAUUGGCCAAAGCACGUGAUCCACCGAGAGCCAGAUCAUAUCGGUCGUGAGGAUAGAACUAGCCUCUUGGUCCAUCUUAUUAUGGGAACACCACAGCCAAUCAUCACCAAUCCAACAGACCUGCAGAAUCAGCAAACCGUCAAUGCAGGUGACCUGCUGGAGUGUCUCGAAGUCAAGAGGGAUGAGCUGAGAGAAGACCGCUGGGAGAUCCUGGAGCAGAUUACCAGAGCCCGACAGAUGAUGGAACAAUACGAAGCGGGCGAAAUCGACGGUGACGCUCUGGUCUUCCUCAAUGAUUACAGUGACGGGUUCAGGCUCACGCCCCAUGAUUCUGAGGACGAGGUGCCUGGCCAGGACGGUCAUCGUCAAGCAGUCUCAAGUGAAGGAUCUCACGACGAAAAGUCGGCGACGGGAGCUGACCAGACACCUGCCUCAUCGACUCAGAACUCUCCGGUGGGUCAGCUCCAUGGUGAUGGAACCCUGCAGACCAACAGGCAUCGCGGUUCAAUGGGCGGCGACAGCGCAAAGAGUCGGCGGAUUGCCGGGCGCAGGCCACGGAUUGCCGGAAAUCCAGGACGGAUGCCCGCUGCAAUGCCACCACAGCAUGCUCAAGAACUUCAGCAUGACAUGGCCAUGAGCAAUCUGAAGGGCGACUACAACAUGGUCAACGCCCUGGGUGACCCGAUGCUACACGACCCCAGAAGCCUCGUCAAUCAGCCCCACGGUGGCCCCGGAAUGAUGGUCGGGAUGCCUCAACAGCAGUUGUCGUCGAACAAUUACGAAGGGGUGCUCGACCAUCAUGGCGGCGGUCGAGACAUGACAUCGUGUCUACCGCCACAAGGGUUGCGCCACCACGGCUUGGGACCUCAAGCCUGGAUGGGGAUGAUGCCAAAUAUGGGACCAGAGCCAUUGGAGCAGAUAUUCGGUGUCACUCCCCAUAUUGUCAGCAACCCGGAGUUGGGCCACCCAUACUAUGGACAGAUUCAGCCUGAUAUGAGCAGCGGGAUGCCGAAUGGCCUGCCUAUGAUGGAUCCACUGCACUACCAGGACUUUGGCGAGAGCAAUCAGCGCAGUCUGCCCCUUCGAGGUGUCGAAGCACCACAGCCAAGCAUGGUGUCGCACCCAGACAUCAAGAUGGAUAUGAUGUCUAACUCGUUCUAUCGAAUGUGA